AUGCUCUUCUAUAGUGGCCACACACGCCGAAUCGGAGAUGUCGACGAGGGCAGCACAGUCACUGAUUUCCUCCCUGCCGAGCGUGCUCGAGGCAUCACAAUCCAGUCCGCAGCCAUUUCCUUCUCAUGGCCACCCUCUAAUGGAACUCCCCAAACUGUCCUCAAAGCAGGGCAGCCACGCUCCCGUGUUUCCCACAAUAUCAACCUGAUCGAUACUCCUGGUCAUGCGGAUUUCACGUUCGAGGUGCUACGAUCGCUACGAGUCCUGGAUGGCGCUGUCUGCAUUCUGGACGGCGUCGCGGGCGUCGAAGCUCAGACGGAGAAAGUAUGGGCCCAGGCUUCAGCCUAUGCAAUUCCUAAGAUUAUCUUUGUCAACAAGCUAGACCGAGAUGGUGCUGCCUUUGCGAGAACGGUAAAGGAAGUCGGCACGAGACUAGACGUGUGGCCUGCGAUAUGUGGCAUUCCCUGGUGGACUGCAGAUGGACGAUUGCAAGGCGUUGGCGACGUUGUGGGCCUGCGAGGCCUGAAGUAUGCCCAAGGAGGAGACGGCAAGGAGAUUAAGGUCUUUAAUCUCUCACAGCUGGAAUCGGAAGACCCUAGCCUCGCACAGGAGCUGAGGAUCGCACGAAUGGCACUUGUGGAGCGGCUAUCGGAGCAUGACGAUGCAAUGGUCGAGAAGUUUCUGGAGUCGGACGAAGACCACAUUGCCAUCCCCGCCAACGAUGUCACCGAGUCCCUGCGAAGGUGUGUCUUGCAGCAUCCGCAGCCAGUUGCACCGAUAUUUGCUGGGGCCAGCUUUCGAAAUGUGGGCGUCCAGCCUCUUCUGGAUGCUGUGGUAGACCUCUUGCCUUCACCCGGAGAGCGACCCGAACCCGAAGUGAGCAUUGGCCCCAGUACCAAGGGCGGGCUCAAUGCGUUCUUGUCUGGAGAGCUUGUAGUUGAAGCAACCGAAAGCCGCAAGGUGCUCAAGAAAGCACUGAGCAAGAACCACGCGGCUAUGUCACUACAGAAACUCGAAGCAUGCGCACUAGCUUUCAAAGUCGUGGCGGAUGCCAAGCGUGGAGUCCUGGUCUACGUGCGCGUAUACUCGGGGUCCAUCAAUCGCAACGCUGCGCUUUGGAACACGAACCUCUUGAACACUGAGCGUUCCCAGAGGCUGCUCAGGAUGUAUGCUAACGAAGCCGUUGACAUUGAUUCUAUCUCGGCGGGCCAGAUUGGCGUUAUACCAGGCUUGAAAUUUGCCAGAACUGGGGAUACACUAAUAUCGUACCAAGGAGCAAACCCCAAGACUGGACCACCACCGCCUGUGAGCACCUUACAACUCAGGCCAAUCAAUGUGCCACCUCCAGUCUUCUUCGUCAGUGUCGAGCCCAACAGUUUGUCAGAGCAGAGGCAGAUCACAGAAUCGCUUGCUCUCUUGCUGCGAGAAGACCCUAGUUUGCAUGUCUCCAUCGACGACGAAAGUGGACAGACCCACCUAGCUGGCAUGGGUGAGUUACAUCUGGAGAUCGCCCGAGACAGGCUUGUGAACGACCUCAAGGCCAAGGCCCGAAUCGGCAGUAUCGAGAUUGGUUACAGAGAGGCAAUCGCAACCUCCAGUGGCCAGGUCACGGAGACAUUCGAUCGUGAAGUCAGUGGCAAGAGCGCGAAAGCAGCGUGCACCGCGACUAUCGAGCCUGCGCAAGAUGUGAAUAUAUCUCAGGACGAGCAGCGCUGCCACGACUUUGCCUUGGACGACAGUAACCAUCUCACGAUACGUACGCCGACACUUCAUAACAACGGCUUGCCAAUCGAAGAGGGACAGCCGGGAGUACCAGAUGAUCUACCGCUUCCCGUCAUUUUGCGAGCUCUGCGAAAUGGGGUUUCAGCUGCACUCGCGCGCGGUCCAACGCAUGCCUAUCCCGUGCAUUCCGCCUUCAUCGAACUCAUAUUCGACCCAUCGAAACAUUUGUUCCCCAACUCCACUCCAGCUGCGCUUUCAUCAGCAGCACGUCUCGCAGUCCAAUCGGCUCUCAAACACAGCUCAUCUUCAUCCGAUACCAUCCUCAUGGAGCCCGUCAUGCUCGUCACAAUCUCCGUGAACGAAGAUUCUCUCGGCUCAGUCGUGCACGACAUCUCGUCCGCUCGUGGCGGCUCAGUGAUCUCACUUGGCGCAGAUGAGCAGCAGCAGCAGCAGCAAGAUCACACAUCACAGGAUAUUGAUGUUGCUCGGAUCUAUACCCCACCUGAUCCGUUCGGCGGCGGUGGUGGUAGUAGUAAUUCAACCCAAUCUUCGAAUACGGCAGUGACGAGCGGAAUGCGACAGAUUGUAGCGAGAGUCCCGCUCAAGGAAAUGGUCGGCUACCUGAAACAUUUGAGAAGUUUGACAGGUGGUAGAGGCACGUUUACUAUGGUUGUUGAUCGAUUUGAGAGAAUGGGUAUGCAACGCCAGAGGAAUGUUGUGAAUGAGAUGAGAGGUGAUUAUGCUUGA